CAGAUAUAGUGAAUGCAGGGUCCGGGGAGAGCUGAUAUAGUGAAUGCAGGGGUCCGGGGACAACAGAUAUAGUGAAUGCAGGGUCCGGGGAGAUCGGAUAUAGUGAAUGCAGGGUCCUGGGGAGACCGGAUAUAGUGAAUGCAGGGUCCAGGGAGAGCAGAUAUAGUGAAUGCAGGGUCCGGGGAGAGCUGAUAUAGUGAAUGCAGGGUCUGGGGAGACCAGAUAUAGUGAAUGCAGGGUCCUGGGGAGACCAGAUAUAGUGAAUGCAGGGUCCUGGGAGAGCAGAUAUAGUGAAUGCAGGGUCCUGGGGAGACCAGAUAUAGUGAAUGCAGGGUCCAGGGAG